UAUGGCCGCCGAUUGACUUUGACCUCUGAUGAUGAGAUAUGUAACGGUUUUGAUUUUUUUUUUAUCUUGCAGAGUGACCAGCAGCUGGACUGUGCCUUGGAUUUGAUGAGGCGACUCCCUCCCCAACAGAUCGAGAAGAACCUCAGCGACCUCAUUGAUCUGGUACCCAAUCUGUGUGAAGACCUCCUGUCCUCCGUGGAUCAGCCUCUAAAGAUCGCUCGGGACAAGGUGGUGGGAAAGGACUACUUACUGUGCGACUACAACAGAGAUGGCGAUUCCUACAGGUAACAUUUCUCUAUUGUGUGUACA